CUCAGAAUAAGUGUCCACGCUUGUGAAAUCCUUGUCGCUGAUGCCCGAGGGGAGUAUUACAGCAUAUAUCUGUCAAUUAUUGUGAUUUUUAUACGAAGAUAUAUAUAAUUUAAUGAUUUCAAUCAAUUUAUUUGACUUGCCUACAUUAGUUCAGUAAAAUUUUAGUGUCGAAAGUACGCUAAUUUCACCAAAAAUGCAUGUCGCCAGGCAUAGGGCUAUAAUGAAACAACUGCCAAAUAAAAACCAAUCUAUAGUUCUGAACAAUGUAAAGUGUUUUCUUGUAGCAUAUUAACGUUACAACAAAGUGAAAAAAACAGUUCUCAUUCAAAUAUAUACAUUUUUUCAAUACACCUUUUUUUCUGAUGUCGCCGAAAACUAUGUAAUCUACGUUGUUAAGCUUAAAAUUUAUACAAUUUUACUACAUAGAGUAUUUAACGAAUGUUAACUAGACCAAACUUAUUUUAAAAGUAUUGCUGUUAAACAUAUGUACAAACUUUGUCUUGAAAUUCAUUGAAAUAUUUUUUUUUACAUUUUAUGAAACCGAAAACGAGCGUUGCUAUAAGCUUGUAAGUUACGUUAUAGCGAUUACUAACAUAAGUAUGUGAAUUAAUGCUUAUUGUUUGCCUUAAAAGGUACACCUUAUUGUAAAGACCAAUUAAAUACCCGGUGUUUUAGAUUUGAGGCUUUAGAACUUGCUGAAAAAUUGAAAAUAGAUGGUGGUUGUAAUUUACGUUUUGUAAAUUACGUUACCUGCUAUACAAUAUGACAAUAAAACGCGACGUUAGUACGGAAAUUUUGACGUUAUUCUACCGCCAGUGGUUCUUUGUUUUCAUAUUUCGUCUGACGUCAUAUAAGGAAAGCGUCAUUUGACCUUCAAGGUUUUUCAAAAUAUAUGAAUGUGGAAUACUCAGCUUAAAUUCAGAAAUGGGAAAAUCAAAGGCUGAAAUUCAGAAAGCCUAUAGAGAGCGAAAAAAACAGAAAGAAGGAGAAGCUUAUCUUAAAAAAGAAAGAGAAAGAGUCAAAGGAUACUAUGUGCCAAUAGAAGAAAAGCCACAAAGAAAGGCAAAUGAAAGGCGUAAAAAGGUUCGUGAAUGGGUUCGACAACAUAGGCUAAAGAAAAAGAAUCUUACCAAAACAGUAGCUAAUAAUUUGGAGCAAACCAAAACAGUAGCUAAUAACUUGGAGCAAUGUUCAGAAAUAUCAUCAUCAUCAGAUGUCACAUCUACAGUUAACAUUGUGACUGAACAAUUGAUAGUUAAGUUACCGUCACUGGCUACAAAGAAAAGAACCAGAACUAGAGUAAAUCGUGCCAACGCCAAACAUAGAAGAACAAUAGCAGACCUGACAGACAAAAAUGAACUACUCAAUAGAAAAAUUAGGACCGUAUCAAAGCGAUAUCAGAGAUUAAUAAACAGGGAAAAGAAAACACAAACUAUCAUAAGAAAUCCUACUACAUCAUCCUCCUCCAGAAAUAGCCCUUCUACAUCAACAUCAAUUGCUCUGACACCUAGAAAAAGAACUAUACAAGAAAUCAGAGAAGAGGGUCUGACACCACAUAAGGUUCCAAAAAAGAUCCAGGAAAAACUACUCUUUGCAAAUGUUAUAACAGAAGAGAUAGGGGCUGCUUGGAAAUCAGAUGGGUUGAAGGGAAAACACGUUUUGAAGAAAAUUGUUAACGGAGAAAUAAUCAAGAAGUACAAGAUGAAGAAAAUGUUAGGCAUCAAAUCCGGAAUAAGACGUCAUCACUUCAAGGCCACAGUGUGUUCCAACAAAUUGCUCUCUUUUCCUUUAUUGAGGAAGCGUGUAGAAUCAAGAGAAAUACUUCGUGGAGACGUCGUCACAUUCUUAGAAAGAGACGAUAAUAGCAGAAUGAUGCCUGGCAAAAACGAUAAAAAGAAAACUGAAACCGGUCAUAUACAAAAAAGAGUUCUUAACGACAGCAUGUUAUUUUUGCAUCUCAAAUUCAAAACUGAGUCACCGAAGAAAAUUUCACUUGCUACCUUCUGUCGUUUGAGACCAAAGCAUAUAUGCCUGACCAAACAUUUAAGUAGAAAUAAAUGCCUCUGCCAAAAGCACCAAAACAUGGCGUUAGCCCUUAAGAACAUGAAAACGUCAGGUGCCAACGUAACCAUCAAUCCCGAUGAAUUUGUAAGGCAGCUAAAAGACAAGCCACUCCCAGAGAUACUCUCAGAAAUUCGAAAUGAAAAUGUCAGGUAUGAACAGUGGAAAAAGGUUGAGAUGGCAGAUGGCAAAAAAAGAACAAAAAUUGUUGAGAGAGAGGAAACAAGGGACAGCUUCAUUUCAAUUGUACAUACUCAAGUUCGUGAUUUUCAAGAACACGUGUCAAGAGUUCGACUUCAAUACCAAGCCUUAAACAAUCUGAAAGAAAAUUUACCGUGGGAAAAUGUAAUCGUGCAGAUGGACUUUGCCGAAAACUUUUCAUGUACUUCAGCCGAUGAAGUUCAGAGUGCAUAUUGGAAUUCGAGUGCUGUUACCCUACAUCCAGUUGUUGUUUAUUUCAAGAACGAACAGAAGGAACUUGAACAUAAAAACUAUGUCUUCGUUUCCGACGAUCUUGGGCACAACAUAGGAUCUGUUUAUACCAUCAUUCAAAAGCUUUUGUCUGAAAUAAAGAAUCAUGUCAAUAAUCUGAAGGUUGUUCACUACUGGACAGAUAGUCCAAGUUCACAAUAUCGUAACAAGACGGCCUUCUACAUUGUGUCUGAUCAUAAAAAUAUAUUUGGUGUCAAUGCCAUUUGGAACUAUUUUGAAACCGGGCACGGAAAAGGGCCAUGCGAUGGCAUUGGGGGAACAUCAAAACGUACCGCAGACCUCGCCGUCAGACAAGGAAAAAUAACAGUACAGGAUGCACCUGAGUACUUUGAAAGAGUGCAAAAGCACCACACGAGUGCUAAAUACAUUUAUUACAAUUCAACAGAAUGCACAGAUAGCAGGUUAGAGAUUUCAGAGUUCAACAAACACAUAAUUCCAUUGAAGGGAACAAUGCAGGUCCACUGUGUGGUUGGUGUAUCUAAAGGUAUAGUCAAGACGACCGUGACUUCCUGUUACUGUGAGGAAUGUUUGAUAGGUAAUUUCCAUGAUUACUCAGAGUCAAACAUAUUGAAAGGAGAGAAUGCUGGUCGUGUUGUAGUACCAGAAAAAGAGGCCAAUAUAAAUCAAAAUGAGCAUGUUGAAACAGCUGAAGUCGAAGCUGACAGGAUUGAGAUAACCAUCGCCGUCGACCAAUUUGUUGCGGCAAUAUAUGAUAAUGCAUGGCACGUUGGAAAAAUAACAGACAUCGAUGAAACUGAUAAAGAAUGUCAAGUUAAUUUUUUGCGGCCAAGUCAAGGAAGGAAUACUGGAAAUCCUUUGUAUAAAUGGCCAAAUCCAGAAGACAAAAUAUGGUUACAGGUCACAGACAUAUUGUGUAACAUUAGAGAGCCCAAUAAAGUUGGACGGAGUGGUCGAAGCUUUGAAAUUGAUCCUCAGGACUAUAGAAAUGCCUGUAGUUUGUUACAGUUAAGAUCUAAUACUUAA